UGUCUGUUAAACCGGAAGUCGGUUCGUCCGCUCUUGUUGUCCGGCUGCACUAAUCACAUGAGGGAACUGACUUUAUGAUCUCCGGGAAGGGGCAGAAACUCCUCUCUUUCUGACAUUGAAAAAUAUUUUUGUGUUAUAUGUUUGUAAGCCGAAUCACAAUGCCUGGUUCUCUUCCUGCAAGUUAUUUGGCCGUUUGGCCCAAAGAUGUUGGCAUCAUUGCUAUGGAGGUCUACAUUCCCUCCCUGUACGUAGACCAGACAGAACUGGAGGAGUUUGACGGUGUAGGAGCAGGGAAGUACACCAUCGGUCUUGGGCAAGCGCGAAUGGGUUUCUGUUCAGACCGGGAGGACAUUAACUCACUGUGUUUGACUGUGGUGCAACGGCUUAUGGAGAGGAACUGCUUGUCAUACGACAGCGUGGGAAGACUCGAGGUGGGCACAGAGACCAUCAUCGACAAGUCGAAGUCAGUGAAGACGGUAUUAAUGCAGCUGUUUGAGGAAUCAGGAAAUACAGACGUGGAGGGUAUCGACACGACUAAUGCUUGCUAUGGAGGCACUGCUGCUCUUUUUAAUGCUGUCAACUGGGUAGAGUCCAGCUCCUGGGACGGUCGUUAUGCUUUGGUUGUGGCUGGAGAUAUCGCUGUGUAUGCCACAGGCAGUGCAAGGCCUACAGGAGGCGCUGGAGCAGUGGCCAUGUUGGUAGGGCCCAAUGCACCUCUGGCAUUUGACAGAGGCCUACGAGGUACCCAUAUGCAGCAUGCAUAUGAUUUUUAUAAGCCUGAUAUGGUGUCUGAGUAUCCUGUAGUGGAUGGCAAGCUCUCCAUCCAGUGCUACCUCAGUGCACUGGACAGAUGUUACACUGUCUACCGCAAUAAAAUUCAGGCUCAAUGGCAAAGAGAGGGCAUUGAGAGAAAUUUCAGUCUGAAUGACUUUGGCUACAUGGUCUUCCACUCCCCCUAUUGUAAACUGGUUCAGAAGUCUCUGGCUCGACUCCUGCUGAACGACUUCCUGUCUCAUCCCAACCCCGACAUGGAGAGUGGGCCGUUCGUAGGCCUGGAGGCCUUCAGGGACGUGAAGGCCGAGGACACCUACUUUGACCGCGAUGUGGAGAAGGCCUUCAUGAAAGCCAGUGCAGAGAUGUUUGAGAUGAAAACCAAGGCCUCCCUACUCAUAUCCAAUCAGAAUGGCAACAUGUACACACCAUCUGUGUAUGGCUGUCUGGCUUCCAUUCUAGCACAAUUUACACCUCAGCAGAUGGCAGGACAGAGAAUUGGCUUGUUCUCAUACGGAUCAGGCUUCGCUGCCUCACUUUACUCCAUCAGAGUGACACAAGAUGCUACACCUGGUUCUUCAUUAGAUAAACUGGUUUCCAGUCUGUCAGAUUUGCAGGCCCGACUGGACUCCAGGAAGAAGGUUCCGCCUGCCGUCUUUGCAGACAACAUGAAGCUUAGAGAAGAGACCCAUCACUUGGCAAACUACAUCCCCCAGGGUUCAGUGGACGAGCUGUUUCCAGGAACAUGGUACCUAACGCGAGUGGAUGAGAAAUAUCGCAGGUAUUACGCUAGACGUUCUCUGGAUGAACACAGACCUCUGGAGGCAGCACUUCUAAAUUCCGUGACCGCAUCUGAGCACAUCCCCAGCCCGGUGAAGAAGAUGCCCCGCAUCCCAGCCACCUCUGCUACCCCUGAGGCAGUCAUCAUUACUAAUGGGGAACAUUGACAUUAACCUCAGUGAGGUCGCACGUACUUUAGGUAUCACUAAGGAGAAAGAGGUCAAGGCAGAGCUUUCUGUCGUAGUCUUGAGAAAUAUUUAUAAAGAAGGAUAGAGUUUUUUAAGUGUUCCUGGUUAGGACUGGUUAUUCUGUCACGCUUGAAGCUGUACUUAGACAUCGGUGGGUAAGUGAAUGCGGGGAAGUUGGGUAGUACCAUCAUGUCGAAUAAGGACAAGCUUUCUCUAAGCUAUGAGCACAAUGUGGCAAACGACAUGUCUGCUGCUCAGAACCUAUUAUCUAUGCACAGACAAACGGGAAUGUUUUCAAAUAAUCCUCAGUCUGAUUUCGCAUCAGGUUUGUUUUUUGUUUUUUCUUCAAGAUCUCUAGCUUGUGUUAAUGGAAAUGUUUGAGGGGAAGAUGGUAAGAAUCUCAGGCCCAGCUGUGUAAGGGUGGGAGUUAAGGGAUGUUAGCCUUUUAUUUGUUUCUCAUGCUGUUUGUCAGUAAGCAAUACUGCCUCUUUAUUUUACCCCUCUUUUCCACCUGCUAUCUUGAGAUCUCCCUUAUUAAUUAACUGCUACUAACCUGGGAGGCUACUUUCUGUCACCACGCCUUUCUCUUCUGGCUAGUAAUGUGCAUGUGCAAUUUCCGGUGGUGCUUUCUUAUUUAGAGUCAUAGUCAGUUUUGCAGCAAGAUUGUGAUAUGUGACCAACAAUUUGUUCUGUAUUUAUAUAAAUUUAGCCUUUAAGUAACGAAGGUCGUAAUGUCCGCUGUAUCUCUAUAAAGGUAACACUUCCGUUACGUGAACUGAGGACAAAUGCAGUUCAGAAUGAGGUUAGAGUAAAAUGGUGCAUUGUUACCGAUCACCAGAGUAUAAUUAAAAGUAAUAGAAGUUGUUAAGUAGAUGUAACUGCACCGUUUGUUUUUAACAAAUAUGGGACCACUAAAGCAGGGAAGGAUUAAGGGAAAGACAGAUGGACUGAUCUAUAUAUCAGGCUCAGUGAAGCUGAGAAACAUGCAUACUUUUUGUCUCUAUUCUGUCUAUUCUUGAGUCCCUUAGCUUUGGAUGUGCUAAACCUAAAUGGCUUACAAUAUAUCAUAGUGUGUCUGGGAUCAUUCUAACACUGCAGGCAGGUUUUUAUUUGAUGAAACUGAAUAUUAAAAGAAAACGUAUUUCCGCUGUACACAAGGGCCUGACUUAUGAUGUCAAAAUGCACUUUCAAUACAAGUAAAUAACAUUGUGAACAAAAGUUUCUUUUAAACCAUUCAUGUGGCAUCACAUUCACAUUUCUCUUUAGAGCAUUCAAAGAAAGAUUAUCAGCAUGAUUUUUUACACAUAACAGUGAAAGCUGUUCGUGUUAAUCAUUUGGACUCUAGCUUACCCAACAGAAUAAUUUUCCUCUUUCCCAACUGACAAUGUACAUAAAGAGCUUUAUUUGCCCAGUAAUAAUAAUUAUAAAAUGCCAGUCCCUCUGGCUCAUUAGAAUCACUUUAGAUUUGCAUUUCAUUGAGAAGAUUUUACUGUGUGGAAAUUGAUGCAUCUAAAUAUACAAUCUUUAGGGGAAAAAUGGGUACUAAACUGCACCUUUUCUGCUGUGGUAGCAUCCUUAUCUUUUGUACCUUUUAAAAAAAUAUAUAUAUAUAUAUAUUAAAGUUAUCUUUAUUUUACAUUUAAAAAGAUCUAAGGUACAUCUAUUAGUAAAGAUUUACAAGUGCUAUAUACUUGUACUUUUACAAGCACUAUAUACAUCUCUUUCUAAAAUAUAUAUAAAUACACACACAAAAGGUAAAAAAGAAUGAUGCAGUGUAGUACCCUUUUUUCUGAGUAUAUGUGUGUGUGUAUGUGUGUGUGUGUAUAUAUAUAUAUAUAUAGCAGCUAGAACAAAUUGCCUCAAAGGUUGUAACUUGAAACGGCUGAUGUUUACAACAUUUCUCUGUGAUCAGUUACUUCUACCGAUUUUGGUGAGUAAUUUACAGUACAAGCCGUGAAUUUAUGUACAUUUGUAAAUGCGCAAGAAAAGCUAUCUGAUUUGGCAAAACUUGCAGAAAACAAGCUUUAUAAAAAAGAUGUAAU